UAAUCUUAUUAAACAAAAACAGUAGAACGGGUAACUUGAGAAGAGAACACUCAAGAUAGCUGUAUUUCUAUUUUAGCUACAACAAGUUUACUAUGGCAAGUAACUUAAUCAAUUUCUCAGAAGACCCAGAAAGUCUGUACGGAACAGUUUCAAGUUCAAGUAGUCGCCUAACAAGUACUGAUGACCUGAGUAAAGAGGAGCUAGUCAGAAAGUUGAAAGAGUAUCGACAGGCAAAUAUAAAGCUGCUGGAGGAUAAAAGACAUCUUCUUCUUCGUUCACAAGAAGCUUGCAAAGUAGAGGCUGAACUUGAGCAGAGAAAAAAAGACAUGGCACAGUUACAAAAUCGUGUUAAGGCACUGGAAUCUAGCUCAAGAAAUAAUGCUGAGGAGUUGGCAAAUAACACGAUUAAGGAACUUGUUCGUCAACUAAGUAAUACAUCAAAAAAGUCUGUUGAGGAGCAAACACUCGAAGAGAAAGAAGAAGUAUUUCGAGAAAUUAAGUCAAAUUCAUCCACGCGGGAAAGUAUGGACGAAGGGAAAUCAAAAUGUAACUGUGAAGCUGCCACUACUUUAACAGAGGUUAUAAAGGUAAAUCACGUCUGGCAAAAAGAUUACACUCGACUUUCACAAGAGUUUAACAAAGUAAAAGCCCGACUGUGGAAAGCUGAAAGCCAGCUUAGGUUGACCAGACAAGAAAACGAAGAGCUUAUUCGGAAUAUACAAAAAGUGGAAGAACAACAGCCCGACGCAAGAAUGGCUUUCUCAACGGAAAAUAGUACAUACACAUUCGAUGACAUCGAGGCAUUAAAGCAACAGUUGAUCAUAUACAAAGAAGAUUAUACGGCUGAAAAAGAAGAUAAGAAGAAGUUAACUGAAGAGCAAAACAAAUUGAAACUUGAACUUCAGAAAGCCUACGGUAUUAUCGAUAGCUUGACUGUGAAAAAUAACACAAUGAAAGAAAAUUAUCGUCGAGUCAGCUCGGAGAAAGAACACAUCAUAAAAGAACUUCGUCGAUUAUCAACUUCCACCUUACCCUUCUCUCCGGCCUCCCCGCUUACUGCAAGACAUUCGUCGAGUCAAGAAUCAAUAGAUACUCUUAGAAGCGAGGACAUCAUCGCUCACUCGCAAUCACGUCCGCAAUCACCACCCGGCCAUUAUGUACCACCACGCCAUUAUUCGCCACCCCGUCCGUAUUCACCACCAAGAACUUAUUCACCACCAAAUAUACAUAUACCUUUAUCGUUCUACGGAAGUGGUAAUGUCGUCAGAGAUGGUGAAUUUCCCUUGAAUCAAGAACAUAAACAACAAGUGGAUUUAGAUAAGAAAAACGAAAAUAGGUUUUCCUUGUAACUGUUGACAGAUCAUGCUGGUUGUUUAGUGAAAGAAAUACAAAUUUAAAAAGUGGAUAAUUUAGAAUCAUUAAACUAGAAAUAUCUAGAAUCUAGAAAAGCGCAAAUGGGAAGUUUCUAAUUAUAAACAUAAAUGUAUAUCUACAUGUAUAUAUUUAAAUGUUGUAGAACAUUAGUAUUUUACUCAAUUGCAACGAAAUGAAAUAAUCUCGUUUGAA